AUGUCAAAAUUUGAUGGAGGAGAACGAGUCGAAGCAGGUAGAUACAAGAGUCUGAUGGGUAGUCUUCAUUAUCUCACAUGUACAAGGCCAAACAUUUCUUUAAGUGUCGUAUUUUCAAGUCAAUUCAUGGAGGAGCCAAUAUAUUCACAUUGGAAGGUAGUGAAGCAAAUCCUCAGGUACAUCCGAGGAACAUUGUCGUUUGAAAUGUUUUACUCAAGAACAAAAGGUUACAAGUUGGAUGGUUACUCUGACAGUGAUUGGUGCAGAGAUAUAGACGAUCAAAAAAGCACUUCAGGAUAUGUGUUCUUCAUGGAAAAUACCGCAAUCACUUGGAUUUUUAAGAAGCAACCAAUAGUAACACUUUUGACACGUGAAGCUGAAUAUGUAACAGUAUUCUUGUGUGUUUGUCAUGCGACAUGGCUUAGAAAAUUGUUGAAACAGAUGGAUCUGAAGCAGCAAAAUGCAACGGAGAUUCGAGUUGACAACAAAUCUGCAAUUGAGCUAGCAAAGAAUCCAGUAAAUCAUGAAAGAAGAAAACACAUAGACGUUCGUUUUCAUUUUAUCUGA